AGUUUUGACCCAGGCCUCCUGAGAUUGAGCGCCCCCUUAGCCCCGACCCGGCUCCCGACGCAUGAUGGCUGCCAUCUUCCGCGCCCUCGCGCUGCUGCACCUGCUGCCACGGCUGCUGGCCGCGUCCGCUUGUCCAGACGCGGCGUGCGGCGCAGGCGAGCCGGCAGAGGAAGCCGCGUUGCUUCAGAGCAUCUCCAGGAGGGGCGACGCCCGGAGCAUCCCGGCGGUGCCGCCGUCCCUGCUGUCCGGGGCAGCGCCUGCUCCUGGCUCGGCGGGGCCCUACCCCGUGAAGUGCUAUGCGGGCCAGAGCACGCAGUGCCCAGGCAGCUCGGACCAGUGCGCGGGCAACCAGUGCUGCCCCGGCAUCCCGUGGAGCGGCGGCAAGACCUUCCCGUGCCCAUCCGCCACCAGCGUCGAGGCCUCGAACUGUGCCAGCAGCCAGAAGGCCUGGUACUGCGCAGCGUCCUCGGCGCUGCAGGGCAGCUCGACCAGGAGGGGCGACGCCCAGAGCAUCCCGGCGGUGCCGCCGUCCCUGCUGUCAGGGGCAGCGCCUGCUCCUGGCUCGGCGGGGCCCUACCCCGUGAAGUGCUAUGCGGGCCAGAGCACGCAGUGCCCAGGCAGCUCGGACCAGUGCGCGGGCAACCAGUUGCUGCCCCGGCAUCCCGUGGAGCGGCAACAAGACCUUCCCGUGCCCAUCCGCCACCAGCGUCGAGGCCUCGAACUGCGCCAGCGUCCAGAAGGCCUGGUACUGCGCAGCGUCCUCGGCGCUGCAGGGCAGCUCGACCAGGAGGGGCGACGCCCAGAGGCUCCCGGCGGUGCCGCAGCCCCUGCUGUAGGGGGCAGCGGCAUGCUCGGCUCGGCGGGGCCCUACCCCGUGAAGUGCUAUGCGGGCCAGAGCACGCAGUGCCCAGGCAGCUCGGACCAGUGCGCGGGCAACCAGUGCUGCCCCGGCAUCCCGUGGAGCGGCAACAAGACCUUCCCGUGCCCAUCCGCCAUCAGCGUCGAGGCCUCGAACUGCGCCAGCGACCAGAAGGCCUGGUACUGCGCAGCGUCCUCGGGCGAUGCCAGGGCAGCUCGACCAGGAGGCGGCGAGCCCGGAGCAUCCGCGCGACCAGAAGGCCUGGUACUGCGCGCCGUAGCGGCGCCACAGCAGAGUGAGUUUUUCGGCACAUCCACCUGGUGGGUCACAGGUUCUGCGUUAGCGGACGUGGCUGCAGGCUAUUUUUGCUCCCCCCGCUCUCGCUCCCUCAACCCUCCCCCCACUCUCGCUCCCUCCCUGUUCCUCCCCCCCUUCCCCUCAGCCCGAUGGCCAAAGGACCGUGCCCGAUCUCAGAGCGGGAGCGGCGCGUCGCGUUGCGUAGCCGCACUUGGGUUGAACGCUUCGCCGAGUCAUUCCAGCAAUGGCAUUUGAUUUGUGGUCAACGGAGUGCCGCACGUCGCGCGGCGUACAGGCUGCGGGAGGUGCUGUACGUCCUUGUGGAGGCUUCUGCAAUGCACUGGCAGAUCAUUGAACGAGAGCGCGGUUACAACUACUCGACGCGGAGAUCCGA